AUGGCUGCUGCUGCUCAAGCUCACUCUCUCCUCUUCAAUCCCCUCCAGAAACCUCCCCACCGCAGGCCUUCCAAUCGAAUCCGUCCCCUCACCAUCACCGCCGCCUCCAAUGCCCCCAUCACCGGCAGAAAGCUCCGCGUCGCCGUCAUCGGGGGAGGACCAGCAGGCUCCUCUGCCGCCGAGGCCCUCGCCGCCGGCGGAAUCGAGACUUUCCUCUUCGAGCGCAACAACACCAAAACUCCGAAGCCCUGCGGCGGAGCCAUCCCGCUCUGCAUGCUCGACGAAUUCGCCAUCCCUCUUCACUUAGUCGACCGCCGCGUCACCCGGAUGAAGAUCGUCUCCCCUUCCAAUCUCACCGUCGAUUUCGGCUCCAAGACGCUAAAACCCCACGAGUACAUACCGAUGCUCCGCCGCGAGGUCCUCGAUUCUUUCCUCCGCUCCCGCGCCGAAUCCGCCGGAGCUCAAUUGGUCCCCGCUCUCGUCACCCGCCUCGACGUCCCUUCCUCCGCCGCCGAGCCCUACCUCAUCCACCACAACUUGAACGGCCAGAUCCGCACCUUGGCCGUCGACGCCGUGGUUGGCGCCGACGGCGCCAACAGCCGAGUCGCGAAGUCGAUUAACGCCGGCGACUACGCGGUCGCGAUGGCGUUCCAGGAGCGAAUCCGCCUCCCCGACGACAAAAUGGAGUACUACCGAGAUCUCGCCGAGAUGUACGUCGGCGAUGACGUGUCCCCCGACUUCUACGCUUGGGUUUUCCCCAAAUGCGACCACGUGGCGGUGGGCACAGGGACUGUCAGCUCGAAGCAGAGCAUCAAACUGUACCAACAAGGAAUCCGGCAGCGGGUGCGCCAAAAGAUCUCCGGAGGCAGAGUUAUCCGGGUCGAGGCCCACCCGAUUCCGGAGCACCCGCGCCCGACCCGGGUCCGCGGCCGCGUGGCGCUCGUCGGCGACGCCGCCGGCUACGUGACGAAGUGCUCCGGCGAAGGGAUCUACUUUGCCGCCAGAUCCGGCCGGAUGUGCGGCGAGGCGAUCGUGAAGGCGUCGGAAGGAGGCGAGAAGGCAAUCGGAGAGGCGGAUCUGAGAAGGGAGUAUCUCCAGCAGUGGGAUGGCGAGUUCGCGACGACAUUCAGGUUUCUCGACGGGCUGCAGCGGGUUUUCUACAGCAGCAACGCGGCGAGGGAGGCGCUGGUCGAGCUCUGCGGCGACGAGUACGUGCAGAGGAUGACGUUCGAUAGCUAUCUGUACAAGAGAUUGGCGGAGAGGAAUGGGUGGGAGGAUCUGAGGAUGUUUGCGGGGACGAUCGGGAGCUUGAUCCGGUGCCGGAUUGUUGGCCGGGCCCGUGGUUACGGCGGCGAGGCGGAGCUUCUUAAUCGGUUCGUCUGA